GAGCACUGUUUUAAAAAAAAAAACCAUUCUAUCUUUUUCAUGACACGAAUGCGAUAAACAGUGUUGAAGGAUCUGUGCGUGAGUUCUUGGUGAAACAAAGGAAUCGUAGAUCCGUUUGUUUGUGUAGUUUUUUUUUUUUUGUCAGAGAAGAGAAGCGAUGGGGUUGUGGGAAUCUUUUCUCAAUUGGCUUCGCAGCCUCUUUUUCAAGCAGGAAAUGGAAUUAUCUCUGAUUGGACUUCAGAAUGCUGGGAAGACUUCACUUGUAAAUGUUAUUGCUACUGGCGGGUAUAGCGAGGACAUGAUUCCUACAGUGGGAUUCAAUAUGAGGAAGGUAACAAAAGGAAAUGUUACAAUAAAGUUAUGGGAUCUUGGAGGGCAACCUAGAUUCCGCAGCAUGUGGGAACGUUAUUGUCGUGCAGUUUCUGCUAUUGUUUAUGUUGUUGAUGCUGCAGAUCCAGAUAACCUUAGCAUAUCAAAGAGUGAACUACAUGAUUUGUUGAGUAAGCCAUCAUUGAGUGGUAUUCCAUUGCUGGUAUUGGGGAACAAGAUUGACAAACCUGGGGUUCUGUCUAAAGAAGCUUUGACCGACCAAAUGGAUCUGAAGUCAAUUACUGACAGAGAAGUUUGCUGCUUCAUGAUCUCGUGCAAAAACUCGACUAACAUUGACUCUGUUAUCGAUUGGCUUGUAAAGCACUCCAAAUCAAAGAGCUAAGAGGCUCCCUUAUGUUUUGUACUCUAAUGUAAUUUCAGUGACAUAUAUCUGGAAGUUGCUGGAGGCAUCUGCAUGGCUAACUUGGUUGCAGAUUACUUUAUUCCUGCCCUCUUCUCAUUUGCUUCUUAAUGUAAUAUCAUGUCCAAUGACGUGUAUCAAACAAGAUGAAAUUCAUGUCAAGGGUUGUUUUGUGCGUGAAUCAUAUUGUCAUUGUCAGUUUAGUUGCAUUUUUAGAAUACUUGCAGAACUGCAGUUGUGAGAGGAACUGAUUCCCUGUCUCUGUAAAUUAGAUUUUUUUCAAUGAUCAGCAGUGUGUGAUAUUGUUAUUUCCCGGAGUCUGUCAAAUACAAAUAAAUUUAGUUGGAUUCUUUAUCA